CAGUGUUUGUAUCUUAGUCGACCAAAAAUAUUCAUUAAGUUUGUAGCCGCAGAAAAUCAAAACAAAUGCAAAAGCUUAGAAAAUAUACAAAAAAAAAAUAAUAAUAGAACGUCGAGUGAAAUAAAUAUAAUUUUGUUUAUACUUUAUUAUUAGCGUUUCGUUGAAGCUUUAUCCUUUUAUUUUGAGUUAUAUUUUCAUUUCAUUACAAACACAUGCACAAAUUCCUUAUGCAUUUCAUAUUGGAUUGUGAAUAUGGAUCAACCACGAAGCUAUAGAUUCUAUACGAAGAGGUCCGAGCAUUACAACAAUCUAGAGAAGCAGGAAGCUGAAUUAAAUAAAAGUGUCAGUGGUAGUAAAACAAUUAAUAAUAGUGAGAGUAAAUCAGAGACGGGAAAACCUCUUAAGGAAAAUACUAAUAUACAAAAAGUAACUGAGAGUGGAUCGGCUACAGGAGCAGAUACUACAUUUAGUCCUAGCAAAGUUUUGACACCACAAAAUAGUAUUCUUACAAAUUCGAAGGAAAAAAGACCGUUAAAGUGUUUAGAGACCUUAGCCGAAAAGGCAGGAAUUUCAUUAGACGAUAAGCCACAAAGUCCCGCAACGCUGGAUAAGCCACAGAGUCCCGCACAAGGAGGGGCAACUCAACAGCAGGUGCCCUUCCAAAUUUCACAUGAGCAAUUGCAGCAAAUGCAACUGCAGUUUCAACAGCCUUUCAAUACUAUACAGGUGAAACAAGAGUAUCCAAAUCAACAAACAAAUGCAACACAUCUCACGGAACAACAAAUGCAGGUUCUGGAGAGUCAAACGCAAGGGCAGCAUCAAGUUCCAACAAGUAUGGCUCUCAAUCAAUCAGGAACCACGACCAUAAAUACGUUGUCACCGUUGCAGGCAAUGUCAGGACAAGUACCGGCCGAAUGGCAGAAUCGAGUUCAGGUGUUGCCACAAACUAUUCAAAAUGCUCCAUACUUACAGCAGUUGUAUACGGGUCAACAACCUAUAGUCAUGACAGGAAAUGUGAUUCCCGGCUUAGCUGGACAACAACAAAUUCAGCUCAUAGCAUCUGGAAAACCCUUCCAAGGCUCACCGAUGGGAGCACAACAAAUGUUAACUAAUUCCCAAGGAAAACAAGUAAUAAGUGGUGCAGGAGCUUUUAGCGGUACUUACGCGUUGCCGACGAUACCUUCCAGUCAGUCGCAAACUCUAGUACUCAACAUGAUAAGUGCACAAAAUCAGCAGGGUCAAAAUGUAAUGUCAUCUGUUAAUGCUGCUCAAAAUACAAACAAACCGCUCAAUGCUUCGGAGCAAAUGCAAAAACAGUUGGCAGCAUCACAAAAAAUGAUGAAAAGUGGACAGCAAAGUAAUGUGAAUCAAAAUGCUGCUCAAGGUCAGCAAUGUGUUCAGGUGCCAAGUACAAUGCAACCAACUCAAUUACUCAGUCCACUUCAACAAGCAGGCCAAACUAUGCAGUUUGCAACUCCUUGGACUUGUCAAAUGCCAUUCUGGACGGCAAACGGCCUUCAGUCUCAAAUAUUACCUUCAAACUCAAUUUUCAUUCAACGAACAAAUCCGGACGGCACUCCUGUGUUCAUACAACAAACACCAAAUCCCCAACAAGCCGUCCAACAAACUCAAGCACAAAAUCAAACAAUAACGCAGUUACAAUGUGGAAUCGCCCAACAAAAGCCUGUAAGAGCAGUCAAUGACAAUAAUACACCGAAACAAAUAGCCCGUGCACCUACAUUACUUCCACAAGGUACCACCCCACCUAUUCGACCUGCAAGCUCAGUGUCUACUCAGACCGCCCAAGGCACGAAUGCGGGGAUAUUGACUCCAAAAACAGGAAAAGUCCGAACUAAUAAACAUACAAUACGACCUCCAGGUCCAUUGAUAAAGCAAGAUUUGGGACAAGGAAAAGUUAACAAUAACUCACCAUUGCAACAAGUUAUAACAUCAACUGGCAAUAAGAUGGUAGUAAUGAGUGCAGGAAUUGGAAUAAGUAAUUCUGGCCAGAUUCAGCAAACAACUGAGAAACAACAACAAUUUUUGCAAUAUCAACAAAUGGUAAAAAACCAACAAGCUCAGAUACAGCAAAAAGAAUUGCAACAACAAUUUGUUUUACAAAUGCAAAAUCAGUCACCCUCUCAACAACAACAGCAGCAACAGCAACAACAACAACAACAACAACAACAAGUAAAUCAAAACAAUAUGACACAAUUUCCUCUCCAGAUGCAAGGUCAGUCACCUUCAUUGCAACAAGUCAAUCAGAACAACAUGGGUCAGUUUCAAAUAACUGCUACCUCACAAGCUCAAUCAGUUGUGCAAAAUGCUUUGUUACAAGGCCAACCACAAGGAUUAGUGUUGCAAGGGCAACAAAUGGUACUGCACAAUCAAAAUGGACAGCCUACUUUGACGAUGGCCCCAAGUAAUUUGUUGACACACCAAACAUCGAAUUCUGUUAUUCCACAACAGCAGCUGAAUAUUCAACCAAAGCCAGUCAAUCAAAAUUCCAUUGGAACAGGUCAGUUUGAAAAGGUUACUAUGCCUAUUGUAUCAUCAUCAGUCUCCAAUGUUAUAACGUCUGUUGCUCAGAAUACACAAAAUAGUAAUAUACUCGGACAUAUGAGUUCUCAUCAAACUCACAUACAGCCUCCUCAAAAUCCUUUGUUAGCUAUGACCAAUCUAUCAACAUCGCCAUUAUCAGUAGUCAGCUCUGCUAACACACCACAGAAAGAUACUUUCGAGCAACGCAGUUCAGUUCCUGUGGGUCUUAUGCAGCAAAGUCCUUCUGUACAAAAUAAUGGAAAUGAAUCGAAUAACUCCAUACAGCCAUCGAAUAAUAUGUCACCUUUGAAAGUAAACGUCCCUAAGUUAUCUUCAGAAGGCAAAAAUGAAUCACUCAGUGCAAUUAUUGGAUCAUCUGAACCAUCUUCUGAGGUAGAAAAAUCUGAUAGUCGUUCAUCAGUCUCGACUCCAAUUCCGACAACUCCCGUUUCUCAUCAACCUUUAAGUGGUUCUUUGACUAAAACAACGCCACCCACUUCAACAAGUUUGAGCUCGCCUCUGAAUGGGAUUAUUUCUGCUGGCGUUAACAUAUCAUCAAAUAAAAAUGAAAAGGGACUACCAAAGGCAAUGGUGAAACCGAAUGUUUUGACACAUGUUAUUGAAGGAUUUGUCAUUCAAGAGUCACAAGAACCUUUCCCUGUGAACAGACAACGAUAUUCAGAACGGGAUGAAGAUGAUGAACCUCCAAAAAAAAAAUCAUUAACCGUUGCAGAGCCUGAGCCAAGUGCGACUGUGGAAAAAGUUGCCUGUGCGCAUUGUGGUAAAUUAGAAUUAAAAACAAAGUUGAAGAAAAAGAAAUACUGUUCAUUUAAUUGCUCAAAAUCAAUAAAAUCUGAAGGGGAUUCUCCCACUGGUGUGGAAGAAACUAAAAGCUCGUCAUUCAAUACAGCAUCGUGUGACACGCUAGAGAACGGAAGUAUUGUGGACGACACACCAUCAAAGACUGAACAUCUUAACAAUCCAAUUGCCAAGUGGAGCGCAAAAGAAGUAUGUAAAUUUAUAGCAGAUGUACUCGGAACUGAGGAAUACAGUGAAGACUUCACAACGCAGGAGAUAGAUGGAUCGGCGUUGAUUCUUCUUAAAGAAAAACAUUUGGUCAACGCUAUGGGCAUGAAACUAGGACCAGCGCUUAAAAUUGUAGCUAAGGUUCAAUCACUGAUAUCCUUAGAUGCUGAAACAAAUGCCCAACAAAGUCCAAGUACAACAACUGCUAAUCAAUAAGUAGUAAAACUCACAAAAAAUCGUCUGGAACGAUAAUAUGUAUAAAUGUGUUAUUUACAUAUAAAUACAAAGUAAAACAUCAAUAAAAUUUCAUUGAAGACAUUCCUUAAAACUUCAAAUAGAUACUACAUAUUAUGUGGUCAUCUGAUUACCCAACAAAAAUUUUUAAAUUUACCUUAAAAAGACAAAAUUACUAAAGAGAGCAAACAUUUUAAACUUUCGAUAUUAAUUAAGUAAUAAUUAUGUAUGUUUAGAUAAAAAUUAAGUAGGUACUAUCAAUAAGCCACUUUAGAAUAUAUAGAGCAAUUGAUAAAUAAU